AUGAGCUCGUCGACUAACCCGCGAAACAUCCUACUCAAAAAGAUAUACGCGCCCUUCACCCAUCUCGAAAGAGACAGCCCCGAGUACAAUAAGCUGGCCAAGUCUGGGAAAGUCUGGGAGGAUUACCAUUAUCCUGGUGAUAGCGAGCGAAACGGCUACGCGAGCCUGAACCAACGCCAUGCCUCGAUCCUCGACAACAUCGAUAGCUACAAGAGUGAUAUCAAGCUCCGCACGAGUGACAUUUCUCGUAGCCUUAUCGCUAAAUAUGCGCAUCAGUCCGUGGCGAUAGAGGAUAAUAAACUUCAUCUUGGCAACAGUAUCCGGAUCAACGACUACCUUGCCUCGACCUUUUUCAAGGAAGUCGACCUCGCAUCUGUGUCUGCUAGCAAACUUUCUCAGUCAGCGCUCCCAGAAGUUCAUUCCAUCCUACCCGAGGCCGAUGUGAGCCAGGCCACAGAGCUGCGAAACCACAUCGUGGCAUCUCAUUGGGUCACCGAGACGGCUUUGAAAAACGUCGGUACGGCUGGGCUUGACGAGAAUGAAGUUCAGGCGCUCUCGGCUCUCAUCAUCAAGGAAACGAGCUCGGAAAAAAUCUAUGCGAAUAGCUGGGGAGGGAGAGUCGUGCCAGGAGAUUUUCGACGAGCCCCAAUCACCGUCCGGAGCAAUCCGUUGCGCGUUUUCCCUUAUCCUGACGAGGUUCCGGCCCUGAUGAAGCGCUUCUUCCAGUGGCGAGACAAAGCCCACCGCAUCAAAGAUCUGCAUCCGAUCGUCAUCGCUUGCCAAGCGACUGCCUAUUUUCUGCACAUUCACCCGUUUCCCGACGGCAAUGGCAGAGUCGCUAGGUUGAUAAUGCAGGACUUCUUGAUUCGCCAGGGAUACUUUCCAGUCGUUUUCCUUGGCACUGAACGGUCUGACUAUUUGCGAAUGAUCAAGGAUGCACAAGAUGGCAAUCCCGAAGAGUUUGUGGCCAAGGUUGUGUGCACCCAAUUGGAGGAAAUGGUCACAUUCGGCCGCGAGUUUCCCGGCUGA